GCAGAUCAAAGGCCGUGCCUCGCCAAGCACCUGCAUGUUCUUGGUCCUGGACACGCGCCAGAAAAGUGCCCUCCCCUUCCCCAAAACGAUCCAAGCCUCCCCACUCCGACCAACGCCCAGCCACCCCAAGAAGCCGACCGUCGAGAGGCAGCAACGCAAAAUAGCCUUCCAGCAGGCUCCAACCUGAGCCUCGGUCUUCCCUGAAAAGUACAGUUUUGUCCAGGCCUCCCCCGGCCCAUUGAUCCUCCCCUGCCCCGUCGUCCUCCUUGGCCGUUCCUGCGCCGUUUGCUUUCCUCCCCUUUUCUCCACCCCUCAACCGACCGCACGCUCCUCUCCCAUCUGCUCCCACAUACUAUAACCCACGCGCAACCCAUCCACAUCCAGGCCGAAGAGGCGAGGACGACUUGCUGACCCUUGGCGAAAGCAAGCAAGCAAGCAGCAGCAGCAGCAGCAGCAGCUAGCCAACAGCAAAUAGCAGGCAGCAGACAGCAGAAACCCACACAACCACAUACGCCCCGUCGCCACCAUGCCGGGCUCAAGCGAGAAGAACCUCAUCCCGAGGAUGCAGGCCAAAGGGCCCUUCUCGAUCGAGGUCCCCGGUGCGCCAGAUGUCCCCGGUGAGACGAAGCCGCGCCGCCACCCCCAGGCCGCCACGGAGCUUUUCUCGAAACCCGAGCCCAACAUCGCCACCACCUACGAGCUCGUGCGCGUCGGCGUCGCCAAGUUCGGCAACGCAAAGUGCGUCGGCUCCCGCAAGCUCGUCCGCACCCACCAGGAGACCAAGAAGAUCAAGAAGGUCGUCGACGGCAAGGAGACCGAGAUCGACAAGCAAUGGACCUACUUUGAGCUCUCGGGCUACGAGUACCUGUCGUACAAUGAGUACGAGCGCCUGAUGCUCGACCUCGGCUCCGGCCUGCGCAAGCUCGGCCUCACCGCCGGCGACCGCCUGCACAUCUUCGCCGCCACCUCGCAGUUCUGGCUGGCCAUGUCCCACGGCGCCAGCUCACAGUCCAUGCCCAUCGUCACGGCCUACGACACGCUCGGCGAGGAGGGGCUGAGGCACUCCAUGGUCGCGACCAAGGCCAAGGCCAUCUUCCUCGACCCCCACCUGCUGCCCACCCUCGGCAACGUGCUCAAGGACGCCACCGACAUCCAGCAUGUCAUAUGGAACACCCAGAACAAGGUCAAGCAGGAGCACAUCGACAAGCUCAAGGAGACAUACCCCAACGUCAACGUCAUCAGUCUCGACGACCUCAUCACGCUCGGCAAGGAAAACCCCGUCGACCCCGUCCCGCCCAAGCCCGAGGAUCUCUGCUGCAUCAUGUACACCUCGGGCUCCACCGGAACCCCCAAGGGCGUGCCUCUGAAGCACAGCAACGUCGUCGGUGCCGUUGCCGGUGUUGGCGUUGUUGUCGGGCCCUUUGUCGGCCCUGGCGAUGGUGUCCUGACCUAUCUCCCCGCGGCCCACAUUCUCGAGUUCGUCUUCGAGAACGCAGCGCUCCACUGGGGCGCCACGCUGGGCUACGGCAACCCCAAGACCCUCUCGGACGCGUCGGUCCGCAACUGCAACGGUGACAUCAAGGAGUUCAAGCCCACGGUCCUUGUUGGCGUCCCCGCGGUCUGGGAGAACGUGAAGAAGGGUAUUAUCGGCAAGGUCAACGCCGGCAGCCCUGUGGUGCGCAACCUGUUCUGGGGCGCCAUGUCGAUGAAGACGGGUCUGAUGAGCACGGGCCUGCCCGGCUCGGGCGUCCUGGACUCGGUCGUGUUCAAGAAGAUCAAGGAGGCCACGGGCGGCAAGAUGAGGCUCUGCCUGAACGGCGGCGGACCCGUCGCCAAGGAGACGCAGCGCUUCAUCUCGAUGGCCAUCUGCCCCAUGAUCAUCGGCUACGGCCUGACGGAGACGUGUGCCAUGGGCACCCUCCAGAACCCCCUGGAGUGGUCCAUCGACACUAUGGGCGCCAUGCCCGGCUCGGUCGAAAUGAAGCUGGUCGACUUCCCCGACGCGGGCUACCAUGUGACCAACAAGCCCAACCCCCAGGGCGAGGUUUGGCUGCGCGGCCCCACCGUCAUGAGCGGCUACUACGAGAACGAGAAGGAGACGGCAGAGGCCCUGACCGAGGACGGCUGGUUCAAGACGGGCGACAUUGGCGAGUUCUUCCCCAACGGCCACCUGAAGCUCAUUGACCGCAAGAAGAACCUCAUCAAGACGCUCAACGGAGAGUACAUCGCGCUCGAGAAGCUCGAGUCCAUCUACCGAUCCGCCCCCGUGGUUGGCAACAUCUGCUGCUACGCCGACGACUCCAAGGCGAAGCCCGUCGCCCUCAUUGUGCCCAUGGAGCCGGCGCUCAAGAAGAUCGCGAGCUCGGUCGGCGUCGAGGGCGACCUUGAGGCGCUUGUGCACAACAAGAAGGUCAUCAGCGCCGUGCUCAAGGAGCUGCAGAGCCAGGGUCGGCAGGGCGGCCUUUCGGGCAUUGAGAUCAUUGACGGCGUCGUGCUGUCGGACGAGGAGUGGACCCCUCAGAAUGGACUUGUCACUGCCGCACAGAAACUCAACCGCAGGGGCAUCCUCCAGAAAUACAAGAAGGAGGUUGCUGCCGCGUACGGCGACGCGUAGUUCUCGAUCCGGAGUAGCGACCCUGUUGUCACGAUAUUAUUGCUGAAGACAAGCCUUUUCUGACUGCUGGUGCUUUAUUUCCUUCCCCAUGUGUUCCUGUUUUGGUUUUGCUGCUGCUCUUGGUCUUUUUGUUUGUUUGUUCUUUGGUCGCAAUAUCGCAGGAGGAAGGCGUUCCAGAAUACCAACACUAUGAUCCUAAGCCGUCGAGGCAUGUUGUCUGCUCCCGAGCCUUUUGACUUGGUUUUGAAUUCCAGAUGAGCCACGAGAACUAUAAUGAGAUUUUUUUUCUUCUUCGCCUUGCUUUGCGCGGCUCUUGAUUUGGGGCCAAGUUUCAGCGUUCGAGUGGAAUCUAGACAGCAUGACUAUAUGGUGACUGCGACCAUGAGUGGCGUCUCUCCAAGGCCAAGGCCCUUCCGUCUCCCAG